AUGAAGAAGAUUUCGAAGAGCAGCUGCAAAUCUGCAUCACACCGGCUUUUUAAGGACAAGGCAAAGAACCGUGUUGAUGACCUGCAGCUGACAUUCAUGGAUUUGCAGUUUGCUAGGAAGGAGAGCCGCACUGUUGAUGCUGCAGUUCUUGAGGAACAAGUGCAUCAGAUGCUUCGUGAGUGGAAGGCCGAGCUCAAUGAGCCUUCUCCUGCUUCUUCUUUGCAGCAAGGUGGAAGUCUUGGGUCAUUCUCCACAGAUAUCUGUCGGCUUUUGCAGCUCUGUGAGGAAGAAGAUGAUGCCUCUAGUCCAUUAGCUGCACCUAAGCCUGAACCUAAUGACCAGACUCUUAAGGCUGGGGAUAAAGUCAUUUUUCAAGCAGGCCAGCAGCAACAUGAUUUUCCAUUGGUUGAUGAGCGCAAGCAGUCAACCUCAGGAGUUCAAACCGUGGCAACUAACAACCAGGAUGGGCCUGCUUUAGAAUAUCACCAGUUUGAUUUACAUCAAGACUUUGAUCACAGCUUAUAUACUGGUUUCAAUGGUACAGGUUAUUCUGAGGAGGAGGCUAUUCCUCAUAUAUCUAGCUAUCUACCAAGUACAUGCCCUCCUCCUUCUGCUUUCUUGGGCCCAAAAUGUGCACUUUGGGACUGUCCAAGGCCUGCACAAGGGUUAGACUGGUGUCAAGAUUAUUGCAGUAGCUUUCAUGCUGCUCUAGCUUUGAAUGAAGGGCCACCAGGCAUGGCUCCAGUUCUUCGACCAGGGGGCAUUGGUUUAAAGGAUAAUUUACUCUUUUCUGCUCUUAGUGCAAAGGCACAAGGAAAAGAUGUUGGCAUCCCAGAGUGUGAGGGAGCAGCAACUGCUAAGUCUCCAUGGAAUGCACCUGAGCUCUUUGAUCUUUCUGUUCUCGAGGGCGAGACUAUUAGGGAAUGGCUUUUCUUCGAUAAGCCUCGAAGAGCAUUUGAAAGUGGAAACAGAAAGCAGAGGUCAUUGCCAGAUUACAGUGGGCGUGGUUGGCAUGAAUCUAGAAAGCAAGUUAUCAAUGAAUUUGGAGGUCUGAAGAGAUCCUAUUAUAUGGAUCCACAACCACUGAACCAUUUUGAAUGGCACCUUUACGAAUAUGAGAUUAGCAAGUGUGAUGUAUGUGCCUUAUACCGUUUAGAACUAAAGCUUGUUGAUGGGAAGAAGAACUCCAAGGCAAAAGUAGCAAAUGAUUCAGUUGCUGAUUUGCAGAAGCAGAUGGUUAAGCUCUCUGCUGAGUUUCCGCCUGAUAACAAAAGGCCAGCCAAAGGCAGAGCCAAGAUUAAUGCCAAAGUUGGCAUGGGUGCUGUCUAUCCAGCUUCACACAGAGUGACCCCUCUAAAUGGAACAUACGAAUACGGGUUAGCUGCACCAUAUGACUAUCUUGCUGAGAACAUGGGCGAUUAUUAUGGGACAUAA